AUGGUUGGACUUCAACCUAAUAUUUGGGCCGCUGUCGCGAUCCCAUGGCUCGCGGCUUUGGCGUCCCUCGUUCUUCGUGUCUGCGCCCGACGCAUGACCAAGAUGAGCUGGUGGUUUGACGAUUACUUCACCAUACUGGCCUUUCUCUUCGCGACGGGGUACUGCGGUAUCAUGGUUGAAUGGACCCUACAUACAUAUCUCGGAGUGUACAUACCCGACUCGAUGCCCGCCGAUGAACAUGAGGCAAUUCUACAGCAAUCACGGUUUCUGGCCUACUUCAAUUCCCUUUGCUACGCUUCAUCAAUCGCUUGUUCCAAGCUCGCCAUCUUGUGUCUGUAUUGGCGCUUGUUUCGCAUUUCAUCCAUUCGCAUUCCAAUCAUGGUCACGAUCGUCGUGGUAGUCAUCUGGAUUAUCAUCAGAACAUUCAUGCUCACAUUUCGUUGCGUCCCCGUCCAGUCCCUUUGGGACUACACUAUUACAGACAAGGUCUGCAAUAUCGACAGCGACAAAUUCUUCCUGGGAACCAUCACUGCUCAUUUUAUCAUCGAUAUCAUCAUCUUGGUCUUACCUAUUAUUGAGGUCUUCAGACUUAGACUUCGAACGGGUCAAAAGCUGGCAAUCGGUGCUCUGUUCCUUCUUGGUACCAUUGUCUGCAUUGCAUCUAUGUUUGUGCUAAUUGUACUUAUUAACUGGCCUGAGGAUACAGGACAGAUGCCUCAUGACUAUGCCAUGUUCUGCAUUCUGGGAUCUGUUGAAGUCAAUAUCGCCAUUGUCUCUGCAUGCUUCCCUCUUCUUCGUCCAAUCUUUGUCCAUAUUCUCCCUUCCAGUUUCCUCAGUUCUUAUGGGAAAAGCAGCCAGCCUAUCAGCCGGCCGAGCAAUGCUAUCAAGCUUACAACACUUAUUCGGACAAAUAAGGACCGCGAAGCUGAUGAAACAAGCUCAACGCAUCAAUUGGCUGACAUGGAGAACGGACUGCAUUAUCAUUCUGGUGACGUGCAACGGACCGAAGGAGUGCAUACUAUGAUCUCGAGUGAACAGUCGGGUUCUAGUCCUGAAGUUGACACGGCGGGAAUCUACGUGCGAAAUGACACGGUCGUGGAGAUUAAGCAGGUUGAAAACAAAGGCUUUUAUCGGCUUGAGUAAUUUAUAUAGAGAAUCAAGAGGCUUUAUAGAACACCACUAUUGGAACAAAUGACAUCAUAUACCAAC